UGUGUGUUAGCUCGUGCUGCUAGCAACUCGGUGAGCUAGCCCUUUUCAACCAGGCUCGGUUUGUGUGCCAGAGAACAGCUGUCUUCAGAGGGGAACCGUCGCUCCUGUUACACGUCGGGUCUCUAUUUAAUGCCAAAGAAGAUGUCCGACUUUCAGAAAACAGUCUGAAGCUAACCAGCGCCAAACAGACGGGGAAGCUACGCUUUUAAUAACGCUUUCCUCGCUGGCAUCCUGAGGAGGAAACCUCUGAGAUUUUUUGGACUGGAUGCGGAAGGAGAAUAUGAGGCAAGCUGUGUGACUAACGCUAACCCUGAGCUAUGCUGCUGGGAUCCAAAAUCAGAAGGAAAUUAAUAACUAUGAAUGUUUCUUCAUACAUUAAUUUGGAUGCCAAUGUGCCAAAAACUCUCAAUCUUGAUUACCCAGAAGGGGUUGGGGUAGAGUGCAGCAACCUCUGUAGAGAAAGGGUGCAAAGGCUGGCAGAAGAAUAUGCAAGGACCCUCAGCCUCAACUGACAUCUGUAAAUACCCCCGACACAGAACUGUUGUCCUUGAUGAAACSGUCUUGGUCACCAUGCUGUCCCCAAAAGAAGUGCCAUCAUAGACACGGUUCACCGUGGCUCAAACUGCUGCACAGUUUCUUUGAGCUGCAUCCUUUAAGGAACCAUUGCAACAUUUGUCCAACCUAACUGUGGAGAUGGGCUCCCAGGCUCUUCAGAUAUUGCGGCAGGGUGUGUGGGCUUCACUCACAGGGGGCUGGUAUGUGGACCCCCAUCAGAGCACGUUUUCCAACUGCUUCCACCUGUACCUUUGGAUCUUUCUCCUGGCUUUCCCCUUUCUUCUGUACAUGGCUCUUCCUCCCAGCUUGCUGGUGGCGGGUGCAUACUCUGCUGUGGUCGCCGUCUUUUUUACCGCCAUCAAGGUGGUGAACUACCGGCUCCACGCCAUGUUCGACCUUGGAGAGAUUGUGGAGAAGAAGCAGGCCUCGCUCACAGCCGACGCUCCGAGAACAGAAGAAGGAGAUGAGGGUUCAGGAGCUCACMAUGGGAAUCACCACAGGGAUAGUCACGUUGGUGUGGAGAUGACCGUGUUUCGGAAGGUUAACUCCACGCCCCCGGUUCGCUGCAGUUCCCAGCACUCCCUGUUUGGAUUAAACCAAGUGUCGGAGUUCUUGCCCCAGAUGGAGGACUCGGGAGGGACUAAGGAUUUAAAAGAAUUGUCUCAGGAGCAAGGAAGCAGCAGUGUAAUCCUGACUUCAGCCCAUCGUGAGAUUGUACAAAAGAGUUCCCAGGACAUCCAGAGGGUUCCCAGUUCGAUCCAGACCUGCAUUGCCACUUCUCUGGGAAGAGAGAUCCCGGGUAUCAUGGGAGUAUCAGGAGUGUCAGCUGGACUUGAAGAGKCUGGAGACUGCUUGUCCAUUCCUCCUUCACCCUCGAGUCAAGAAGAUGGAGGUGAGAAAGAGCAGAUGGAGGAUUCGCCGGAACAGUCMUCUCAUCGGCGUCCUGAGGGAAAUGGGAUGGGAGCGUAUUCUCCCCUCGGCCCCUCUGCUGAAUCUGAGAGCUUGGGAGACACUCCUCUCAGCCCUCUCAUAAAGAGCAGCUUAAGCGAGGAGCUAAGUGAAAAUCUGAUGGGUUUAGGUCUGGACCCGGGGGCGUUCGCACCAGGGACUGAGCAGCCAGGCAGCCGCAGCGGAGUGGCACUGGCUGCUGGAUCCACAGACAGCUGUUUCAGUGCAGGAGGCGCUACGACAGACCGCGAGACACUAAGUACUGUAAGCAGUUACCGCAGUGAAAAAACUGAUUCGACUCYGCUGGAGAGCGCGUCGCUCAGCCAGCCGCAGCCUGCAGAUGGACAGGCGUCUGCCUCGGCACCAGCGAUGGGUUCUAAUGUUCUCAACCACACAGAGGAUCCAACAGGACUGGGUGGCAGUGAUACUGACAACCUGUCAGACAGCGUGCUCCUUCGCUCCCCUUCCAAAGAAUUAUCCAUCAGCCAGGGGCUAGACCGAACACUUGUUGAGGGAGACGAUUUGCCGUCUGUACCUGUUGAUAUUGCACAGCCCCCUCCUCUCCAGAACUCCUCCCCUUCAAGUAGUGGACACUCUGAGYUUUGUGAUUUAGACAGGAAUGUUGCAGGUCCUCCUCUGCCCCCUCCUCGGCAGGCCAAUUCAGUGCCUUCAGGGCUGGCCCUGGGACUAGUGUGUUCUGAGCCCGCCCUGCCCAUAUCCUCCACGCCCCUGCUCCUGUCCGAGGAGCCUGCUCUCCAAACCCAGCAGGUCGUGCGUCCUAAAGACUUGAAGCUGCUGCGGGCCGGCGGCGGGAGCAUGGGCCACAGGCCGGGUCGGAGGAAAGCUCCAAGGCGGCGAGCAGGAGCAGGCAGCAGCAGCUUCGACUGCGGCUCCUACAGGCGUCACCACAAUCACAGACAACACAGAGAUUAUAUCCCGGUGCGCAGCCGACUGGGCGCCAAAGCUUACAGCGAAAGUUUGUUUGAGGAUUCCAGCGAUGAGGACGACGCAAGUGACAUGAGCGCUGGUUCUAGUCUGGGUUCUCAGCGCAGAUACAGCUCAGAUGAGGAUAARGACAACGACGACUCGAGUUCCUCUACCUCCUGCUACUCUUCUGACCACGCCAACACGGACAUGAAGACCCUGCUCUCCACCGCUGCUCAACUCCCCACCCAGAGGGAAGGGGAUUUACCCGAGCCCCCUGGCCCUGCUCAUCCCCGUGCUGCUCAGCGCUCUUCAAGCACAGCUAGUGCUAAGACUCACGCAAGAGUACUAAGUAUGGACGGAGCYGGCGGCGCCCAGAGCAGCACGGCAGCCACGCCCACCACUUUACUGUCAAUGCCCUCCACCUCCACCCCAGCACCACGCACGCUCACCAUGUCCAAGUCUGAUCUGGAGGCCCGCACCAUACACACCGAAGGCUUCUCUGGGGGCCAUCAUCAUCGGCUGGACUCUCUUGGGGGGUCUUGGACCGGCAACCAGAUGGGUUGGAGGGCAGGAGAGCUGAUUGAAGAGGGAGCUGUAGGCGGAGCUUUGGGUCCAGAGGACGGGAACAAACACGAGUCAGUCAGCAACGUUAAACGCACCCAGGCAAUACGCAGGAGGCACAAUGCUGGGAGCAACCCUACACCUCCUCCUUCAACCAUGGGAUCCCCUCCCAGCCUCCAAGACCUUCAGCGAUCUCGCACCUCCUCUCAUUCACGCACACGCACACUUCCCUCAGCCUUACAGUUUGCGUCUUCACUCCUCCUGCCCCGCAGUGGCAUCCACGAGGCCUCCACCUUUGAUGACACGUCAGAGGGAGCUGUGCACUAUUUCUACGACGAGAGCGGAGUAAAAAGGUCCUACACAUUUGGACCUUCUGGAGGUGGAUAUGAGGACCCAGUUCAGGAAAGAGAGAGGCAGUCCCAGUCCUCCAGCUUCACCUCCACUGAGGUCCAGGAAGGGGCACCGGUCCUGUCCAUCCUCCAGCCUAGACCAGUGGUUUUACAGGGCAUGCAAGUGCGCAGGGUACCCCUGGAAAUGCCUGAGUUUGAUCUGGACCAUGAAUCCCUUCAAGAGUCCCAUGAAAACACUCUGAUGAUCGAGGAGAAAGCCAAACCCAAACAGUACUAUCGGUUCUGGGUGCUGCCUGGAAAGUGGCUGAGGGUUCGAUACGACCGACUGGCUCUUCUGGCUUUACUGGACAGGAACCGCAGAGUGGGUGAGAACGUGUUUGCUGUGGUGUUGGCCAGUCUGGUGGCCUUCCUGGGGUUCUUACUGCUGCUGCAGGGCUUCUUCAGGGACAUCUGGGUCUUCCAGUUCUGCCUGGUCAUCGCCAGCUGCCAGUACUCCUUACUGAAGAGCGUACAACCAGAUGCAGCCUCUCCCAUGCAUGGUCAUAACUGGAUCAUCGUGUACAGUCGUCCGGUGUAUUUCUGCUUGUGCUGUGUGAUGAUCUGGAUCUUUGACCUGUCUGGACGUUCUGGAAGCAUGCAGCCAUUCUCCCUCUACGGUGUCACCUUCUUCUCUGCACACUUUCUGCUGUGUGUCAGAGAUAUGCUGAUUGUUUUUGCCUUGUGUUUCCCGGCCAUUUUCCUGUUUGGGUUGCUACCUCAGGUUAAUACUUUUGUGAUGUGUCUGCUGGAGCAGAUCGACAUGCACGUUUUUGGUGGAACUGCCACRACCAGCCCGCUCUCGUCUCUGUUCAGCCUCAUUCGCAGCGUGUUGGUGGCCGCUCUGCUGUAUGGGUUUUGCCUCGGCGCUGUCAACGCUCCGUGGGGGGAUGCCCAUGUGCCAGUGCUGUUUUCUGUUUUUUGUGGCCUUCUCCUGGCUUUCUCCUAUCACCUCAGCCGGCAGAGCAGCGAUCCUACCAUUCUGUGGUCACUGGUCCGGUCUAAAAUACUCCCAGAACUGGAGAACAGAACACCAGAAGACCCCCCUGUGGAGAUCAAGGACCCUCUGCCUGAGAAGCUGCGUAACUCUUUGGGUGAAAUUCUUCAUUCAGACCUCGUCAUGUGUCCCCUCAUGGCUGUCAUCACCUUCGCCAUCAGUGCCAGCACCGUUUUUAUCGCUCUGCAGCCUGCACUCAGCUUCGUCCUGUACAUCCUAGCUGGAGUUAUAGGCUUCAUUACACACUAUCUCCUGCCUCAGCUCCGCAAACAGCUGCCCUGGUUCUGCCUGGCCCACCCUGUCCUCCGCUCCAAAGAGUACAGUCAGUUUGAGGUCCGAGAUGCUGCUCAGUUGAUGUGGUUUGAGAAACUGUACGCGUGGCUUCAGUGUGUGGAGAAGUACUUCAUCUACCCGGCUGUGGUGCUGAACUCUCUUACAACUGAAGCUCGAACAGUUGGCCAGAAUCACAAAGAGAUGGACAUUUACAGCCGUGCGCUCUUCAUCUCUGUAGCAGGCAUGAAGCUGCUGCGUUCGUCCUUCUGCACCCCGUCYCAUCAGUACGUCAUGCUGUGCUUCACCACCCUCUUCUUCCACUUCGACUACCCGCAGUUUUCAGAGACCUUCCUAAUCGACUACUACUUCAUGUCCAUUCUCUUCAGCAAGAUGUGGGACCUUCUGUACAAGCUGCGCUUUGUGUUGACUUACAUAGCCCCGUGGCAGAUCACCUGGGGCUCGGCCUUUCAUGCUUUUGCACAACCUUUUGCUGUGCCCCACUCUGCUGUGCUUUUUGUCCAGGCCAUUUUUUCUGCUGUCUUUUCCACYCCCCUCAAUCCAGUUUUAGGCAGCGCUGUGUUUGUCACCUCGUACACAAGACCUGUAAAAUUCUGGGAACGAGACUACAACACCAAACGUGUCGAUCAUUCCAACACAAGACUCGCCACUCAGUUAGAUCGCAACCCAGGUGCUGACGACAACAAUUUGAACUCUAUUUUCUAUGAGCACCUGACYCGCUCCCUGCAGCACAGCCUGUGUGGAGACCUGCUGCUUGGGCGUUGGGGCAACUACAGCACAGGCGACUGCUUCAUCCUCGCGUCAGACUACCUCAACGCUCUGGUGCACAUCAUCGAGAUCGGAAACGGCCUCAUUACCUUCCAGCUGAGAGGUCUAGAGUUUAGAGGGACCUACUGUCAGCAGAGGGAGGUAGAGGCCAUUACAGAGGGGGUGGAGGAGGAUGAAGGCUGCUGCUGCUGUGAACCGGGUCAUCUGCCCCACAUGUUAUCUUUUAACGCUGCGUUUGGACAGCGCUGGCUGGCCUGGGAAGUGGCUGCCACUAAAUAUGUCCUGGAGGGUUACAGCAUCAGUGACAACAAUGCUGCGUCGAUGCUGCAAGUGUUUGACCUUCGUAAGAUCCUCAUCACGUACUACGUCAAGAGCAUCAUUUACUACGUCAYCCGAUCCUCUAAGCUUGAAGAGUGGUUGACUAACGAGACAAUUCAGGAGGCUCUGCGGCCGUGCCUCGGCUCCAACUACGUGGACAGUGAUCCCACCUUCAACCUGAACAUCGAUGAAGACUACGAUCACAGAGCCUCCGGCAUCACCCUGUCCUCUUUCUGUUUGAUUUACCUGGACUGGGUGCAGUAUUGUAACAGCAGGCGUCAAACGCCGGUGGUUUGUGAAAGAGAUUCUCCGCUCGUCAUCCUGUGUUUUGGUUUGUGUAUCCUGGGAAGGAGAGCUCUGGGCACAGCGUCUCACAGCAUGUCUGCAAGUUUGGAGCCUUUUCUCUACGGCCUCCACGCUCUCUUCAAAGGAGACUUCCGCAUCACAUCUCCCAGAGAUGAAUGGGUGUUUGCAGAUAUGGACCUGCUGAAUCGGGUUGUGGCGCCAGGAGUACGGAUGUCCCUCAAACUCCACCAGGAUCACUUCACGUCUCCGGAUGAAUACGAGGAUCCCAUGGUUCUGUUUGACGCCAUCACUGCCAACGAAGAGAAGAUGUUGAUAUCGCAUGAAGGUGACCCCGUGUGGCGCAGUGCCAUCCUGGCCAACAUGCCCUCGCUGCUCGCGCUGCGCCACAUCAUGGAUGAUGGCAGCGACGAGUACAAGAUCAUCAUGCUCAACAAGAGGUUCCUCAGCUUCAGAGUCAUCAAGGUGAACAGGGAGUGUGUGCGGGGGCUGUGGGCAGGUCAGCAGCAGGAGCUGGUUUUCCUGCGUAACCGUAACCCAGAGCGUGGAAGCAUUCAGAACGCCAAGCAGGCCCUGAGGAACAUGAUCAACUCCUCCUGCGACCAGCCGAUUGGCUACCCCAUAUACGUGUCCCCCCUCACCACCUCAUACGCUGGGGGGCACAGUCAGCUGCGCUCCGUGUGGGGAGGGCCAGUCAGCCCACACAACAUUUACACCUGGCUCAUCAGCAGCUGGGACAGGCUGCAGAAAGGAUGCGGCGCUGGAUGCAACAGCGGAGGAAACAUCGAGGACUCCGACUGCGGUGGCGGCUCCACCUCCAUCUCCACCAACCCAGCCAUUCACACCACCCAAAGUACCCCCGCCUCCAGCCUCCCCCAGCAGCACAUCACAACCCUCCAGCCUUCCAUGGGCACAGAUUACCCCAUCGGCCCAACCCAAAGCUGGCCUCACCACCCUCAGCCUCUCCCAUUAGCUCUCCUCAGCCAAUCAGAAGGCAGAAUGGAGGCAGGACUGCUAACUUCUCUACAGCGAACGUCCUCCAUCCAGGGGCUUCUGGGCCAGCAGCUCUCCAGCUCCCAGCUCUCCUUCAGCAGCUCUGUGGCUCCUCCCCCUCUUCCAGGUGCAGAGCGCUUCUGCCCAGCGGCUCUCCUGGAAAACUCAGGGCACAGAGUGGGCCAGCGGAGCGGGCCGCACUACGAAGGCCACUUUGGGAAGUGGAGUUUUUCAGGCAGAAAAGGCUUCAGCGGAGCAUCUUCAGUGGAAACAGAAGGKGCAGUACCGACAAUACGCACACAGCCCGCCCCCCCUGCACCACUACAGGAGGCCGUUCUGACCCAGGACCCGCUGGGAGCCACUCAGACCCUCAAUCCAACCGCGCUGCUGGCUUCAGGAGACCCCCCGACCCCGAAAGAGGAAUCCACAGAGCUGCCUUUACUUGAUCACCUGCGCUGAGCUCGCACCGGUGAUGGUUUCUACAAUAAAAAAGCACACAGUGGACCAAAGCGGGUCCGCCCAGAACCAGACUCAUUCCAGCCUUCGGCACUCAUUCUCUCUCUCUCUCAUUCAGUGCAACGAUUUGUAGAUUCUCCCAAUGUCCCACUGAUACAGGCUAAAUCUGGGUACACACACACACACGCUCUGUCUCAACAUCUGGUAGCAUGCUGAGCUGAUGCACGACAGACCAGGGAUGAUUUGAACCAACCUGUUUUAUUCUGAGGUUGAGUGUCGUCAUGAGGUUUGUUGUUUCAUUCACUCCCAUUUUUGUUUUUUUACAAACACGAGCUCUGUGUGUCUCUGGACAAGCUUUGGGUCAGAACAGCGACAGGCAUGAAUGGCCAGUGCAAUUACAAGGGAUGGUUUUAUUUUUUUAUACUGGACAAAGGUCUUGGCGACAGCAGCGUCAUUUUUCAUAGCCAAUCAAAACAGAUCAAUAUGUGACGUAUAAAGAAGUGAAGGACGUGUAGGAGCCGUGACGAGCCUUUCUGUUUGGGUUUCAUCCCGUUCCUGACUGGACCUGCAGCAGAGUCGGCGCUUGAGGAGCCUCUGCUUCCACGUUUCUUCUCCACUCAACAUGUAAUGAGCAAGUAAAGAAAGAAAACCUCAUCAACAUCCAACCGUUUGAGAUUCAGGAGAAGAAAAAGACAAACAUCCUCCUCCAUCCGAGCCAACAAGUGGUGCUUUCACAGCUCGUUUACAGAGGAUUCAGUCCCGACUCGGAGCAGAACGGGUGGAUCGGGAUCAAACAGGAUCCUGUCUGACCUGAAGGUGUUGAACGUUUUGUUUUGUUUUACUUGAAGAAUCUUCAGCGUUUGAGACUUAAGUUUUCCAUCGGGGAAACUGUAACGCCCCGUCAGGAUGGAUCCAAUCAGAUCACGGCUCUCCAAACGGCAGGCUGCUGUGGUUCCUUUACAUGCAGUACCCCCUGACCACCCCCCAGCACCAUUACUGUACUACUGCUUCUGCAUCUCCUACUACUAGUAAACCCACUACUACUGCUGUUUCUACAACAGUUACAUCCAGCGUUUUAGUUGGAAGGUAAAUUGAAAACAAAAAAGUGGACUAUUUAUUUGAAUAUUGUCUUACAGAUAUCUUUUACAGGGUUUGUCUUCACGGUGUGCUGAUAUGAAUUCUACCUUCUGUCUACUGCAUCCCCUCCCCUCCCUCUUGUGUUUGCAUCAAAUCAUCUCAGCAGCGAUCAUGUUUAUUUUUUGAGGAAAACGUUUGUUUUGAUGGUGUUUUGUGUGGAACGUAUGAGCAGUCAGUAUGUAACCUGUCAUAGACAGCAAUUAAAAUGCUGUUUGGGGAUACUAAGCUAGUCAAUUAUCAGAACUGGGCCAUGACAUUGGUAGUAAAAAAGGGAUAGUUUACAUUAUUUAAAUGGAGUUUGGAAAGAUUAAUAAAAAAUCUCAGUUUAAAGAAAUGGGUUGCAUUUCACCAAAUUGAUGAGCUGAUGGCUAGUCCAAGUGGGGAAAAACAAGUGAAUCGCUGUCAAUCAAACAUCUGAUUCUAGUUCAUGAGCUUUUUUUUUCUACAACUUUAUAUUUCCUGCUUAAAAAUUAAAAAUUUACUCCAACUUGUGAUUCCCUUGUCCACUGCAGGUAAGAUACUGACUGCUCAGAAGUCUUCUACAGAACACAAAGAAAAUGUCUUUAAAUUUAUAACGCAACUGGAAAUAUUCCUGAGAAGUCACGUUGAAGAUGGUCUUUCCCCCCACUCUUGCACUAUAUUUUUUGACCACUGUGAAAAACUAAAAACUGAGUUUCUGUGGGUUCCAGUCAACUGUAAACACACAACAUGAAGCUGUCAGACCCAAGAGUUGUUUGUCUGUCCAGUGGUUUUUAGACUCUUUGUCCAGUUGUCUAGCAAUGUGCCAUAGCAUUAACCAUAAACCUGGAGGUUUUUUUAUUAUUUUCGUCAAAUCAAAACAAGAAAAACAGGAAAGAAAUAAAAUUUUAUUCCACAUGAAGUCUUUAAAAAUGAAACUUUAAAGUGGAGUUUUUAUUUUGAGGCGGUUUCCUCAGGUGAGAUUAGGUUUUGGAGCAAUGCAGGGUAAAGAUCCACAUCAUGGCAUUUGCUCAGUUACAUUUUUCCAAUUUUCAACAGUUUCUUUGUAAAAUAAGCUUGUUUUGAUGCACACUAACAUUUUGUCUGCUGCAGGUAAGACACUGACUACCCACACCAAUUUUUUUAAGUCCUUUUUAGAAUAAAAUCACAAUUUAGUGUUCAGUUGAAACAAGACGUCCCUUUUUCCUUGGCUCGGUGUAAAAAACCUGCAUCUGUAUGAAACGACUUCCUGCUGAUGUUUUUCUCAUUUAAUUUUUACGUUUGAGCAAAAAGUUUUWUUUUUUUUUUUUUGAAGCAGUGAAGGCGUCCGCAUCCCUCUCACAAUCUGUUACCACCCUUAACUCAGGAAAAACAAACUUAUUGAUCAGUGCUGGAUUUUCUUUUUAUUUGUUUAUUUCGUACACAAAAGGAACAGGAAGUUGUGCUUUUAUUUUUUUUUCUGGGAGUCAGGAAAGCACAAGCUAACAGACAGAUGUGGGUGUCGGAGGAGAAAUUUUUAAAGGGAUUUCUUAAUGUCUGAACCUCUGUACAGCAUGUUUCCUAUAUAAAUAUAUAUUUAAAAUAAAUCUAUUUUAUUAUUGGAUUUUGGUUUCUUCAUCAGAAACACUGAGGUUUCAGAGUGGGAUUGUUGCGUUUCGGACCCUUCAGUGUGAAACGCUGAAAAUAAACGUGCAGUUUGGGAAGAAUUACUGAGAACUUCUUUUGCACAACACCGUUCACCAUCCCUGCUUUUUGUUUUCUUUCUCUUCUUUUUGGGAGGCAGAUUGUUUAUUUAAGAACUUUAGGUCAAAUGUUCUGUACAGUUUUUUAUGUGACCCCCUUUCUUCUAUUUAAAUUAAAGUUUUUGUCUUUGUUUGCAAAUCA